CGUAAACAAGCUGAAAAUUUUUCAUACAGAUUGGAACUUAAUGGUAAUCGACGACGAUUGACAUGGGAAGCGAUGCCGAGAUCGAUUCACGAAGGUGUCUGUUGUGCGAUUCUCGCUUCCGACUGCCUCGUUUUCGAUACAUCAAUAGCACGACGUUUUGCUGACAACGGAAAUUUAGCAAUCAACGUUACGAUAUCUAUGGUAUAG